AUGUCUCGUGCUUUAUGAUCGACAGACGUGAGGCAGACGCCGUGAAGAAAACGCGACUCGUUUCUACUUAGUGAGGUGGACUGUGCUUGAACUGUGGUUUGCGACCUUUGUCAGUGCUUCCUGAAAUAUCGCAUGUGACUGAAGUUCGACAUGGUUUUAAGAAAGAACACCAAGCUUUUGGGGCUUCUGAUUUGGUUGGUAAAUCCAGCAAGCCCGACCUCUGAUGGAGGAAGAUUCAAACUCACCACAAAUUCAAUAUCUCAUGAAGUGAACUCAAACCCAAGCAGUUUCGGUACUAUAUUUUCACCGCGGAUGGACUUUGAUCAAUGGAAACCGUUGACCGGACGAGGAGAUCCUUUACGUAAUGAUCCUACUUAUGACUAUGAGCCACCCGUUUUAGAAAAGGUUCAUUACUGGGCCGACGAUAGCCGCAUUGAAAGAGAAAAAAAUCCAGAACGCAAGUCGGAGGUUUUAGUUCUAGGAAUAUCUUCUCGGAAACCAAGUGUUGCCUCCAGACCUCCGAUGCCACCAAGAAGGCACACUAGACCACCUAUGUUUCCAUCAAAAUAUGAAGACUUUUCGUAUAAGUUUGGAGAUAAUUUUCCAAUGACAAUUCUGGUUCCACCCCCGCUACCACCUCCUGGACAUAAUCCGUCUUUAUUUAUUCUUUCCCAAGAAAAAGUGUUGCCAACGCCACCUCCAAAGCUAACGAAUGUUGAUGUAACAACAAUCACAAGAGAUACUACAAUAAUGCCGGAACUAAUUACUUCAUAUGCACUGCAAGAAGCUAAUCUUGUAUACCAAGCUUCAACAACGAAGCAGAAUUGGUACAACGACUACAAUAAAACAACAAGUUUCCCAAAUAAUACGGUAAGUAGCGAUUACGCUGGUUGGGGUCCAACGACACCAUUUGAGGACAAUGAUGUACACAAUCUAAUAUCUUAUAAAGAUCACCAUAAUGUCGAAUUUUCCAAAGAACCUCUUUUUUACUACAAACCUGUAUUGUCUGAAGCUCCUCCACCGCCUCGCACUUCUAUAAGCCCUGUAAUUCAGUCAACAUUUAUCCCAACUGUUUUACCACCAACUAUAAGUGAUAUAGAGGAGACAUGGCCAACCAGAGAAACGACCCUAGAAACGACAACAGAAACUACAAACUACUUUACAGAAACAACAACUGAAAAAAUGUUUACAAAACCUAUACAUUCCACUGCAAAACCUUUGGUAAAACCAAAAGCUAAUAUUUUUGAUAUGUUAGGUUCAAUGAUAUCUAUGCCAAUGGUAACAGACCCGAAUAGGCCUGAAGAUAAUUUGUAUGCUCAUGCAUCCGACACUAUCCAGAUAUUCAAGGACCCUUUAACGGAAGAUGCAGAGAAAAUGAAUUUAGAAAUCAUGCAAACAAUGCAACCUCCACCACCAAUUAAAUUCCCAGAAAAUACAACGCCACAAUUUAAUGAAAACCCACAUAUUUUAAAUAACAGACCGCACGAUAAACCUAUUAUACAUACGCAUGAUCCCUAUCUUCACAUGCGUUUUACUACCCCUAUGUCUGUUACUGUUGCUCCCUCUCAAGACAUCCGCUCUACAACCGAAGGGCAAUCUUUGCCUACCUACUUAAUUAUACAAGGACAUUCAAAAGUUAAAACCUAUGGAUCUAAACCAAAAUUAAAUAGUGCAACAACUAAUCAAAUUCCUAAUCCGAAUGAAACCACUGAAGUUAAGCACUUACAUCCAAUUAAGGAUAAAUAUGCAAAAGUAUCUGAUAAACCCGAUAAACGUAGAGAAGCCCGAACACAAAAUUUAAAAGCUUUAAUAGAUAACGGUUUAGGUUCGAUAGAAAUUCAAGAGACUGAUGUAGGUAUUAAAUACGACGUAAGUGAUGGAAGUGAAGUGCCGGUAGAAAUAUACAGAAAAGGUAUUGUUGACAACGAUGAAAAUGAUUACUCUAAAAGAUUUACGAUAGGAGAUCGUAAUAAGAGACAAAUAAACCUCGAAAGCCUAUUACCUAUAGACGAAGAUUCCUUAGAAGAUAUUAUGUCUAACCUUUUCAGUAAUAACAGAAAUGAAACAGGAGUAACUAGCCUAAUAGCGCAGGCUAUAUCCGACAACUCGGAAUCCAUUGAAGAUAGUAAUGAUGAUGACGAUGAUGAAGAAGAUGAUAUAAUUAGAUAAAUUCUCCAUAUCUCUUACGAGCAGUAGCAUCAAUUUCCAACAGUUUUAGAAAAAUCCCAUGUAGUUCAACUUAUUCACUUGUUUUUGUAUUCUAAGACUUUAUUUAUUAUAGUUUCUAAGAAUAAAUUUAUACUCGUAUUUAAAAUCGAUUUUCUAAAUAACACAAAUACUGUAUCUAAAUUGAAAACCUCGUCUUUAAAUGGGUCUCGAGACAUUCUCGAAUAGGUCUAUAAUUUUUUAAUAUAAUAGACACGGAUUUUAACUUUAUCGGUCACUAAUCUGACGUCAAAAACUCGUUGAAUGUCUCUAUGUACCACAAAAAAGUAUUUUCAAAAUAGGUUCACAUACAGCCGAACGUAGAACCUCCUCCUUUUUGGAAGUCGGUUUACUAACUUAGUUAGAUUUAUAUAGAUAUUUUCAUAUGAGCUUCAAUGCUUAUUAAAUAGGCAUUCCCACCGUUACUAAUGUACAAUAAAAUAUUUACGUGGAAAUAAUUCAUAGCUAAUAUUGUAUAAGUAGGUACAAGCAUAUUAAGAACUUUAUAGAUAAACCUAUCAUUUAUUAUAUUAAACUAUGUUUAGAAUAUAAAGAUUAUUUCUUAUAAACUUUCUCUUAACUUUGAUGAAUAAUAAUUGUCUGAAAACAACGGUUACUCAAUAAAGAUUUUCAGGCCAAAAUUCAUUUAAUAUUUCCUAAAAACAGAUAAGCAAUAACUUAGGUAUUAUUUAUAGAAAAUAUAGACUGUUACAGAAAUCACAAA